AUGGGUCUCACCGUCCACCACCUCGGCGUCUCGCAGUCCGAACGGAUCCCCUUUCUCUGCGAGGAACUAGGCGUCGAGUACACCCUCAAGCUCUACAAGCGGGCGCCCACGCUCGCCCCGGACGAGUACAAGGCCCUCCAUCCGCAGGGCACCGCGCCCGUCAUCCAGGACGGCGACGUGACGCUCGCAGAGAGCGGCGCCUGCAUGGAAUACAUCAGCCGCAGGUUCGCCAGCGGCAAGCUCUUCGUCGAGCCCUCCGACCCGGCGUACGCAGACUUCAUCUACUGGUGGCACUGGGCCAACGGGACCUUCCAACCGACCGUGGGCAGGGUCAUGAUGGCGCGGGCUGCCGGCAUGGCUGGCGAUCACUGGCUUGUCGCCCUGGGCCAGAGCCGACUAGAGGCCGCGCUGGGCGAGUUGAACAAGCGCCUCGGGAGUCACAAGUGGCUUGCGGGCGAGCAGUUUUCUGCGGCCGAUGUCAUGCUCAUGUUUUCGUUGACGACGAUGAGGUACUGGGCGCCGUAUAGUCUGGACGGGUACCCCGGCAUAUUGGGGUAUAUUGAGCGCGUGAGCAGGCGGGAGGCCUAUCAGAGGGCCAUGAAGAAGUCGGAUCCGGACAUGGAGCUGGUCUUGGGGGCGGAGGCGCCGGCGUCGAUUGUUUGA